GUACUUCCUCAAAUCGCCUUGGUUACCCACAUGGAAACGCGGGUGUCUUGUGUUUGAUUUCAACGGCCUCUCGUGUAAUAGGCUUGAGGUUAUUUGUUCUCAUUUUUACAGUGUUUAAUUAACUAACAAGAAACAUGAAGAUCGAAGAGGUAAAAAGCACAACCAAGACGCAGCGCAUCGCUUCUCACAGCCAUGUAAAGGGCCUCGGGCUGGAUGAGGCCGGUAAUGCUAAACAGUCCGCGUCUGGACUAGUGGGGCAGGAGACAGCAAGAGAGGCUUGUGGCAUCAUCGUAGAGCUGAUUCGUUUAAAAAAGAUGGCUGGCAGAGCCGUUUUACUGGCCGGACCACCUGGAACAGGCAAGACUGCUCUAGCAUUAGCCAUGGCUCAGGAAUUGGGAAAUAAAGUGCCAUUCUGCCCUAUGGUGGGCAGUGAAGUGUAUUCAACAGAAAUCAAGAAGACCGAAGUGCUGAUGGAGAACUUCAGAAGAGCAAUCGGACUGCGUAUCAAGGAGACUAAAGAGGUGUAUGAGGGAGAGGUCACUGAACUGACUCCUUGUGAGACAGAGAACCCAAUGGGGGGCUAUGGCAAAACUAUCAGUCAUGUCAUUAUCGGUUUGAAGACCGCAAAAGGCACCAAACAGUUGAAGCUGGAUCCCAGUAUCUAUGAAAGUCUGCAGAAGGAGAGAGUGGAGGUCGGCGAUGUUAUCUACAUCGAAGCGAACAGUGGGGCAGUCAAGAGGCAGGGACGAUGUGACACAUUUGCAACAGAGUUCGAUUUGGAGGCGGAAGAGUACGUACCUCUACCGAAAGGCGAUGUACACAAAAAGAAAGAGAUUAUUCAGGAUGUUACACUUCAUGACCUGGAUAUUGCUAAUGCAAGACCUCAGGGAGGCCAGGACAUACUUUCUAUGAUGGGUCAACUGAUGAAACCCAAAAAGACAGAAAUCACAGAUAAACUGCGAGGGGAGAUCAAUAAGGUGGUGAACAAGUACAUUGAUCAGGGUGUGGCAGAGCUGGUUCCUGGUGUUCUGUUCAUUGAUGAAGUCCACAUGCUGGACAUUGAGUGUUUUACCUACCUGCACCGUGCACUGGAGAGCUCCAUUGCUCCUAUCGUAGUGUUUGCAUCCAAUAGAGGAAACUGCCUCAUCAGGGGGACUGAAGACAUCAGCUCUCCUCACGGUAUUCCACUGGAUCUGCUGGAUCGAGUCAUGAUUAUCAGAACUAUGCUGUACACUCCUCAAGAAAUGAAACAGAUCAUAAAGAUCCGAGCUCAGACUGAAGGAAUCAACAUCAGCGAAGAGGCUUUAUCUCAUCUUGGUGAGAUCGGUACCAAGACUACACUCAGAUAUGCAGUGCAGCUGCUGACCCCUGCCAGUCUGCUGGCACGAGUUCAGGGGAGGGAAGUAGUCGAAAAGGAACUGGUGGAAGAAAUUAAUGAACUCUUCUAUGAUGCUAAGUCCUCUGCAAAAAUCCUGCAAGAUCAGCACACCAAGUUUAUGAAAUAACUCCAGCACUCUCUCACAUUCUCUGUACGGCCUGCUUUAGUUUGCUUUACUGGUUUAGUUCACAUUUGUCAUGACAUUAUAACAGUGUGACAGCUGUUUUAAGCCAGUUCAACAUCAGUGCACGGCUAAUGUAUUGUUCUACCUAAUUGCGCCAGUUAUUGUUAGUCAGAAGAACAGGAAAGAAAACAUUCUCUCCAUAAUUAACAUGCUUAGACAACCUAAUUUCUUGAGUUUCAUCCCACACUUUUGUUAUUCUUCUGUAGGAUAAGUUUUCCAGUGUCCUGUCUGCUGUUCAAUUUUGUGUUUUGUUUUGAAAAUAAAUCUUUUUUUUAUAGUAAUGUGAAAUAUAAACGGGACCUUUUAAUGACAUAUUUCAUUUUCAUACAAAAUAAAAUGCUCACUUUCUUUUCAAUUUAAAACUAAACCAAUAAAUUAUGUAUGUAUUUAUUUUACCAAAAAACUUACCAAAACUAGCAUUCUGGGAUAUUAAAAAAAAAAUUAUUCAGUUUUAA